GAGGACGAGGGAGCCGCGGUCGAAGUAACUGGAUCUGUCAUCGUCGUAGUCGUCUUUCCUUCUUCCUCUUCCCUCGUCGGUCGGCUCCCCGUAUCUCGAUCCCCACCAACCUCCCCUUCGCUCGCAGAUAUGGGUGAAGGUGGUUGUUGUGUUCAACUUCUUGAUGGUGAUGGCGUAUUCAAUGUUGCUGGCAUUGAACAUUUCAUGAAUUCGGUGAAGCUGGCUGAAUGUGGACUGUCCUAUGCAGUGGUAUCUAUAAUGGGUCCACAAAGUAGUGGGAAGAGCACUCUUUUGAACCAUUUGUUUGGGACCAACUUUAGGGAAAUGGAUGCUUUUAGAGGAAGGUCACAAACUACUAAAGGCAUUUGGUUGGCAAAGUGCGCUAAUGUUGAACCAUUUACAGUGGUUAUGGAUUUGGAGGGUACUGACGGAAGAGAGAGAGGAGAAGAUGAUACUGCAUUUGAGAAGCAGAGUGCCCUUUUUGCUUUGGCAAUUUCAGAUAUAGUGCUCAUAAACAUGUGGUGUCAUGAUAUUGGUCGUGAACAAGCUGCAAACAAGCCCCUUUUGAAGACAGUGUUCCAAGUCAUGAUGCGAUUGUUUAGCCCUCGUAAAACAACAUUGUUAUUUGUUAUACGUGACAAAACCAAGACUCCCCUAGAACAUUUGGAGCCUGUUCUCAGGGAGGAUAUUCAGAAGAUAUGGGAUAAUGUACCUAAACCGCAAGCUCAUAAAGAAACUCCUCUUAGUGAAUUCUUCAAUGUGGAAGUAGUGGCUCUUUCAAGCUUUGAAGAGAAGGAAGUGCUAUUUAGAGAGCAGGUUGCCUCUUUAAGGCAAAGAUUUUACCAUUCCAUUGCUCCCGGUGGACUUGCUGGGGACCGACGGGGUGUUGUUCCAGCAUCAGGAUUCUCGUUUAGUGCUCAACAGAUAUGGAUGGUUAUAAAGGAGAACAAGGACCUUGACCUUCCUGCACACAAGGUUAUGGUGGCUACAGUACGUUGCGAAGAAAUUGCUAAUGAAAAGCUUGCUUACACAAGUGCUGAUAAGGAAUGGGUUCAACUUGAAGAGGCUGUUCAACAUGAUAUAGUGCCAGGUUUUGGGAAGAAGAUUACUGCAAUUCUGGACAAGUGCUUGGCUGGAUAUGACAUAGAAGCUUUUUACUUUGAGGAAGCUGUCCGGACUUCAAAGAGGCAGCAACUUGAAUCAAAACUUCUGCAGUUGGUCAGUCCUGCUUAUCAAACAAUGUUGGGCCAUAUACGGUCCAAAGUUUUAGAUGAUUUUAAAGAAGCUUUUGAUAAGGCCCUUGAAAAGGAAGGAUUUGCUGUUGCUGCUCUUGAAUGCACUCAAUCUUCCAUGUUCAAAUUUGACAGAUGCUGUGAAGAUGCAGCUAUUGAACAAGCAAACUGGGAUCCUUCCAAAAUUCGGGAUAAGCUUCAACGUGAUAUUGACACCCAUCUAGCUUCAGUUCGUACUGCAAAACUUUCUGAGCUUACUGCACUAUUUGAGGGACAACUUAAUAAAGCCCUUGCAGAACCAGUUGAAGCUCUUCUUGAUGCGGCUAGUGAUAAUACCUGGCCUGCAGUAAGAGAACUUCUUCAGCGAGAGACUGAAUCAGCUGUCUCAGGAUUUGCUUCUGCCCUUUCAACAUUUGCACUAGACCAGGCAACUGUGGAUAAAAUGCUUGUGAAACUAAAGGAGUAUGGUAAAAAUGUUGUUGAAUCCAAGGCAAGAGAAGAGGCUGGAAGAGUUCUGAUCCGUAUGAAGGAUAGAUUCUCUACAUUGUUCAGCCGUGAUGCUGACUCUAUGCCAAGAAUUUGGACGGGAAAAGAAGACAUAAAAGCAAUAACAAAAUCUGCACGUUCUGCAUCUCUAAAGUUGCUGUCUGUUAUGGCUGCUAUUCGUUUGGACGAGGAAACGGAUAAAAUUGAGGAAACUCUUUUGCUUGCUUUGGUAGAUGCUUCCAGCAAUGGUGUUAAGAAUAGAAGUAUCCAGUCAUUAGAUCCACUGGCUUCAAGCUCAUGGCAAGAGGUUCCAUCUGCGAAAACUUUGAUUUCACCAGUCCAGUGCAAAAAUUUGUGGAGGCAAUUCAAGGCAGAAACAGAGUACACUGUUACUCAGGCCAUUGCUGCUCAGGAAGCCAAUAAGCGUAACAACAGCAUGUUACCCCCUCCAUGGGCAAUUGCUGCUAUUUUAGUGUUGGGAUUUAAUGAGUUCAUGACACUUCUUAGAAACCCUUUGUACCUGGGUGUUAUAUUUGUUGUCUUUCUAGUGGGCAAAGCCAUUUGGGUUCAACUAGACAUCACGGGUGCAUUUCAAAAUGGCGCUCUUCCUGGGCUUCUCUCCUUGUCCACAAAGUUUCUCCCAACAGUAAUGAACAUCCUUAAGAGAUUAGCAGAAGAGGGUCAACAAGCUGCAGCUCCACCAUCCCAGAGCAAACCCGAACUGGAUUCAAAAGUAUUUAGGAACAGCAUACGUAGCAAUUCAACAUCGGAUCCAUCUUCUAACAUAAGUUCAACAGAGGAUGGGGAUGAGUAUUCGAGUCCUCUGAGAAAAUGAUGACCAAGUAACAGAAUAUGACAUGCCGUUUGCAAUUUUUUUUCAUAUCGUUUCGCCCAAUUGCAAUAGCUUUGUGUUCAGCGAAGAUGGCGUUUUCGUUGUGGUAAGAAGAGUCUAUAAAUGUAUUCAUAUCGUGUAGCUGUUGGUGUUAUGAUACCGCAGUUCGUAUGAGAGAGAAUUGCAAAAAUAGCAAACGGUGCUGCUUUAUUUAGAGGGUUUGGGUCCGGGGUUUGCUAUAUACGAAGUGCCUUUGUUCUGAAGCCUAACUGACAUGCCUGUCUUCUCAAUUGAACUUUGUUUAAUUUUUUUAUUUGUUUAAC